GGGCUCGGCUGUCAGCCCUGCAUUGUGCUGGGGAAACGUGAACAAAAGUUCUGCUUUACGGGUUGAUUGUUUCCAGGCUUGCUGAGGUCGGAGUUCGUGGGGGAUUAGUUGGUGUUUUACCUCAGAAUCACGGAAUCACUGAGGUUGGAAAAGUCCUCUGAAAUCACGGACUCCAACCCCUGACCGAACACCGCUUUGUCACUUAGACCACGGCACUAAGUGCCACGUUCAGUCUUCCUUUAAACACCCCCAGGGACGGUGACUCCAGACCUCCCUGAACAGCCUGUUCCAAUGCUUCGCAACAUUUUCUGUGAAGAAAGUCCUCCUCAUGUUCAACCUAAACCUCCCCUGGCGCAGUUUAAGACUGUGUCCUUUAAUCCUGACACUGGUUGCCUGGGAGAAGAGGCCGAUCCCCACCUGGCUACAGCCUCCUUUCAGAGCCAUAAAAAAGCCAAGGCAAGUGAACAGAACACCAGUGGUAACAAGAGAUCAAAGGUCCUUUGUGAGCACUGCUGAGCAGCUACAUAUGCCACACACUGAAGCAUCCUGCAAAAAAAGAGAGGAUUAUUUGGAAUGGCCUGAAUAUUUUAUGGCAGUAGCUUUUCUGUCAGCACAAAGAAGUAAGGAUCCAAGCUCUCAGGUUGGUGCCUGCAUUGUAAAUUCAGAAAACAAGAUUGUUGGAAUUGGAUACAAUGGGAUGCCUAAUGGUUGCAGUGAUGAUGUACUGCCCUGGACAAGAACAGGAGAAAAUAGACUAGACACAAAAUAUCCUUAUGUGUGCCAUGCCGAAUUGAAUGCCAUCAUGAACAAAAACUCAGCUGAUGUGAAAGGCUGCAGCAUGUAUGUUGCCUUAUUUCCUUGUAAUGAAUGUGCAAAGCUCAUCAUCCAGGCAGGCAUAAAGGAAGUUAUUUUCAUGUCUGACAAGUACCAUGACACUACAGAAAUGACAGCUGCACGGCGGAUGUUUGAUUUGGCAGGUAUUAUAUAUAGGGAAUUCAAGCCAAAGUGUAACAAGAUCAUCAUCGACUUUGAUUCAAUUAACAGCAGACCAAGUCAGAAGCUUCUGUGAAUUAUGUCUCGUUAAGUCUUUAGAAGAGUGUGAUUAUCCUUUUCUAAAAAGCUUCUAAUGCCUUUCAUCUUGAAGUUACUUGCAACUUUUUAAUGGUUUCUAUAGCUAAAGUAGACUUAUAAGAAAUCCAAGGCAUAAAAUGUCCCGCUCACUUCAUCUUGUCAUGUGGAAUCUAAAUCUACUUAAAAUUUUUUGAUGCCUUUAUCAAAACUGCUUAAAAAAUAGAGACAUGUAGAUGAAACAAUCUAAGUAAAGAAAACUGUUCUGAUUCUUCCUGUAUUCAUCGCCACAUGCUCUGGUGGGCUGUCAGCACAGAUUUACCCUCAGUUUAACAGCAGUACUUGUAACCAGUAGUAAGGUGGAAUAUGCUAAUAGAUGUUGGUCUCUCUGUUGGAUAUGUGGAUCUUCACAGUUGAUCCUAAUAAAGAACAAAAAAUGUUAUCCGUGCAAAUGCUAAUCUUCCAACUAGCAUAACACUAAUAUUUAAAAGGUUUUACAGCUUUAGGAAUGUGUGCCAUUCUGCUUGUUACCCAACAAAUGAAAUGCUGACUUUUCUUUUAAUUGCUAUCUGACAUUGCCAUACUUGGGGAGGGUUGAGAGAGGAAGCUGUUCUGAGAAUUGUCCAUGCCUGAGUGAGCUUUACAGGUGAUUUCAAAUCCUUGUUUUCCCCAAGACUCCAGAACUGAAGGGGCUUGAGGGAGUAAAUAAUUUGGUGCUUUACCUCUGGGACUUUUACACUGAGUUUGUUUUCAUGUGCAAAAGAAAUUAAUUUUAUUGGUAUAAGCUGUUCCUAGAUAAUCCAACAUAGCUCAGUCUUAAACUCCACCUGUAAAGUAACUGAAUCAUUUUUUGUCCUUUGAGAGAAAUUGGAGAUACUCAACCCAUAUCCAUAUCUGUGCCAAAAGAUGUAAUUGCGGUGUUAGCUUGUUUCCCAGUGCUGACAUAGUACCUCCAUUUUCAUAAAUGUUGCCUAAAAUAAUAUCCUUUUUAAUUUUAUCUUGAGAUCUGGGAAUAGAUUUGAGUUCAUUUUCUCUAAUUUGAUUUUUAAAAAUUAAGUAUGCCUAAUGGCUUUGUUUAGAUAACAUUGGUGGUUGGUUGUUUUGUUGUUUUUUUGUUUGGUUGUUGUUAUUUUUAAUGUGGUUAUAGUUCAAUGAGCUUUUAUUUUCUCUACAAAAGCUUUGUUUCAUAUUUUGGGACAUUAUGUAAUUUGGCUUCAUACCAGUAUUAUUAAAGUCUUAUUAAAAUCCA